ACAUUUUAUUAUGAAGGGUAGAAUAGUCAAAGAUGAAUACGGCGUCGUUUGACAAUAGGAGUGUGGUGGGCAUAUUACCCAACCCCUUUUGUGCAUUUGUCCCACCCACUCCUCCUCCAUUCCCCAACUUGCUUUAAACUUAACUCAUCAUCUGGGUUUCAUUUCAUUUGUCUACCCUCAAUUCUUCCGCAUCGGCAUCAUCUAAGGUCAUCCUGCUGUCAAAAUGAUUUUUUUCUGUAGGAAAUUGGCCGAUGAAUCUUCACCGUCGCAGGAUGACAUUGUUAGAUGCCCAUUUUUGCGCAACAUUAAUGAACCAACUAACUUCUCCUUUUCUUCAUCCAUGGCUUUCUCAAUCCCCGCUCGUGGAACCAAAGGUCCUAUAUUUGAGGAUGGUCCCAGUUUCGAUACGGCUUUUAGGCUUUUCCAUGGUCAGAACGGUGUUGUGCCACUUUCUGAAGGGUCAUUGCAGUUUACCCAAAAAGUGAAGCCCGAACACGUGUCCCAACAAUUUAACCCGUUAGCAGCAAAGGCUGCUACUAUUAGUCUUUCGGGUUUCGGAGGGUCCUUCGGUUUUGAUGCAUUCAACGAGAUGUUCAAGAAUCAACAAAAAAAGCACAAAUCAUCCAAGAAAGACUCUUCUCAGAAAGGUGACUCGAAACAUGAAGCGAUGGGCGAGGAGUGGUUGCAAAGCGGGAAUUGUCCAAUUGCUAAGUCAUACAGGGCAGUGAGUAACGUUCUACCACUUGUGGCCAAGGCAUUUAAACCGCCAUCUGGCAUAAAAUACCAGUGUCCGCCUGCAAUCGUGGCGGCUCGGGCGGCUAUAGCACGCACCGCCUUUGCAAAGAACCUCAGACCACAACCUCUGCCUGCAAAGAUACUCGCGAUUGGGGUUCUGGGCAUGGCGGCUAAUGUUCCAUUAGGGGUUUGGCGAGAACACACCGAAAAAUUCUCACCUUCUUGGUUUGUAGCGGUUCAUGCAGCGGUUCCUUUUAUAGGCAUGCUUAGAAAGUCGGUCUUAAUGCCGAAAACAGCCAUGGCGUUUACUAUUGCAGCCUCUAUUCUUGGACAGGUUAUUGGAUCUAGAGCUGAGCGGUACCGCCUGAAAGCUAUUUCCGCUAGACCUCCAACGGUUGUGAUGGAAACUUUUGUUGGCGGGUUUGACCCGACAGGGGUCGAUGUAGGUGGGUCUCGUCUGGCGGGAGUUACGGGUGGGCAUUGUGGUGACACUAUUGAGUGGAAAUCCUCCCCCCUGCAGGUUGCUGGGCCGUCUGCUUAAUGUGUGUAAUGAUUAUUGUUGGUAAAUUGUGUUAUGUUCGCCUCCUUGUCGGGCACGAGUUCAAAACAAUAAUGUACUGUAAGUUUGUUUUAUCGUCAUAAAUGUUGGCAAAUGCGUCUAAAUGAAACCAUAUCAUGUAUUUGUGUGCUAA